CGUUUACGCGGUCGAAGGGGAGUUGGAGAAGAGGACAGUAACCCACAAGGAACGUUCUGUCUCAUAAGCGUGGUGCGUUGCACUUAAAUAUAGUCGGUGCAUAGAGAGGAAGAUAGAGAAAAGUUCAGGCAUACGUAUAUGCGUACGUACCGUUGCGGUGGAAGAAAGAUAGAAAAAAAGUGCGACGCGGCGUUCGUUCUUCUCGUCGUCCUAUUAUUCUCUUUUAGCACAACGGGCUCCCUGCUUGUUUGGAAGUAGUACACUCACGGAUUCGAACGGUCGACAUUAUAAUAGUACGUUUCUUUCGUGGGCUGUUUCCUACGUCGGAAACGUUUCUUGGAUCUUUCGUUUAAAAUUCAAUAAUAGGAAGUCCCCUUAAGAUAUUUUUGUUUCGUGUUACAUCAAGCGAAGUUUUGUACGAUGCAGGAUGUAAAAUGCAGAAUAAGUCCGUAACUGUCCGACGUCAUUGUUUGACCAGCUUUUAACACGUUCAACUAGGCUUGAGCCGCUGAUGGUUUAAAGUGCUGUGUCGGCGCAAGACACCGUGGUGCCUCAAAACAGAAUUGUAAAUUAACCCUUGGAUCGAGUCGAGAUGCGGAUAUUUCUGUUGUUGGUACCGGCGUCGAGUCCAUUCAUUGCACGAUUGAAAAUAAUAACGGCGUGGUCACUCUUCACCCCAUAAAUGGAACUACGGCAGUCGAUGGUGUAUCGAUAAAUUCACCAGUGAGACUCGCUCAAGGUUGCAUGCUGUCGAUCGGGAGAUCGAAUUACAUGCGCUUUAAUCACCCAGCCGAAGCGAAACAAUUACGAUCGGUACUGCCACAUUCGAGAAUCUCCAUGGCGCCUAUAAGUUUCUCCCUACCGGACAACCAGCUGCAGGAGAACUAUCAUUUGGAAAGAAAACCACCGGUGGCGCCACGAAAAUCACCAAGAAAUUCCUGCUCGGACGAAGAAAUAGGUUUCCUUGGAAAACUAACGAAAUUCGAAAUGUUAUCGAAACAAAAUAGAAACAAUUGUGUCUCUCCAAAAGUGUUUCCAGCGGGUGCUAUUACCACGAACGUGCCUGCCGAUCAAAUUCUCGGUCACUCUAGAUCCUCCAGUUUAAUCUCUCUAAAAAAUGGCAAUAAUAAUUCACCGUUACAAAACUUAACAAACUUGGAAAGAAGUCGUUCGAACACGCCAUCCUUUAAUUCAUCCUCACCCGCUCAUUUUCUCAAUACAUCUUCUCCAGGUAGCUGUUUCGCCUCUUCCUCUCCUAACUAUUAUAGCGAUGAGAAUCGUCAAAGAUUGGAUAUCAGAACACCCAGCAGAUCCAAUACGCCUAAUCAUCAGCAUCAAAAUAUUUCAUCGCCGAAUCAUAAUCAGAUUCAAAUGUAUUCAACCGCGGAAUCCUACCUAAAAACCUACAAACCAUACUAUCGAGAUAGCAAUAACGAGAACAACCAAAAUCCUCAUAUCCUUCAAACGAUAUCGAAGAACAAUGUGAAUCAGGGAGGUCUUAUGUCACGAAGCUUCACCUGCCAAAGGUCGAACGAUCUCGACGACUUGACGACAAAGGAUUUCGACAUGAGUCAAAGUUUAAUUGUUACCAAGACCACGACAACCGAGUAUCUUCAGUUGGAAAAAUUUGGUUCGAAUCCUAAUAUUUGCAACAGUCCCAGUAACGGGAAUUUUUGUGGUGGAAGUCUAAGGAGCGUGGCUGGAGCGCAGGGUUUUGGUUCGAAUCCGAACAUCAAGAGGAUACAGCCACCGAGUCCUGCGUUUAAUCGUAAUCCCAAGUACAACGAGUCGAAGAGAUGCUUUGGACGGGUGAAGAGCCCGACUCCUAGCACCGGAAGUGGUUGCUCGCUGGAGGAGCUACGAGAGAGACAAAUUGACGCAGAGAAUAAACGGAGAGAGGCGGAGAAUAAAAGGAAACAGGCGCAAGAGGAGAGGCUACGAGAGCAGGAGGUCGAGAGGCAAGAGAAAAUGAGACUCGAGGAAAUCCUUGCCAUGUGCGCGGAGUACGAGAGGCAGAGCACCGUUGAAAAGCCAAGACAACCUAAUAGAAUCAAAACGAAUGGCUCUCUACCACGAGACAAGCGACUCGGUUAUAAUUCACCUUUCGACAGCCCGAAGAGUCCAUCUAAAAAUCAACCACACUUCUCCUUCGACACUACGAAACAAUCGAAUUCGGCUUCAUAUGAGAACGUAUGUGUGCAAAAUUCAAAAAUCAUAUUCCAAAAUGGUAACUCGCCGAAAAAUCGUCGAAACCAGGCGACAAGUCAUACAGACAAUCAAACAGACAACAUACAGAAUCAUCCACAAGCGAUCACGCCGAACAACAAUAACAACAGCCAAUCCAUGAUGUGGCCAAACAUUCAUGGCAACGGGGAUCAUAGUUUUUGCGGUUCGAUCUCACAAGUUCGUAACUCGGGUUACGAGAAUACGGCAAUCGAUGGGUCGAUGUUCAAUAAUAACGGUGGAAAUUACACGCAGAUCGUCGACCUAACGAAAGACACUUACGGAACCAUCCAACUGAAUGGGGCGAGGAUUAACGGACAACCAAAUAAGCAUUCACGAAACUAUGACAAUUCGAUAAACGGGAACAUGAGCCUGUACGAGAACGUGCUGAUUAAUUCUGUACAGAACAACAAUCAAAACAAUCAUUCCAUGCCAAAGAAGAAUGCCCAGUUAUCGAAAUCGUGCGAGAUGAUCGAGAACAAGCUGGCAAUAUCUAACGACGACCUUCUAGAGGCUAUCGAGCAGCUUUCUAUGCUUUCCAAAUCCAAAGAAAUUUGCACGAUUCCCAAAAAAAACAAUUCGGAGAAGGACAACGCGAAAUCGAACGAGGCUAAGGCUGAUAAAGAACGGAAGGAACUCGAAGAGGAGGACAGAAAGAAGUACAUAGAGUUCCUUCAGAACGAGAAGUUACAUAUCCUUGGUAAUAUGGACGUAUUAAAAAGGAGCGUCGCAGAUAUUGAGAUCCAGGAAGAGGAAAUUAGUAGGGAGCUCGAAUUAGAAAAAGCACUGCUGUCUGCAGAAUACGAGUCCGAAUCGUUGAAACUCAGUCAAGACGAGGGUGAGAAGAUAAAAGUACAGAUGCGGAUAAACGAACUGGAAAGACAGAUGGCCGAGGAUAACACGAGUCAAGCAAAUUUGCAAGCAGAAGCAAAACAGAGAGUGCAAAGGGCUCAGCAGACUUGUAACAGUUUGGAAGAGGAAUUGGCGAAUUGCAUGGAUGAAACCACGCAACAGAAUAUCAGCAAGAGACUCAUGGCUCAGCAAGACGUCUUGGAGUCAGAAAGGAAGGCCUUUGAGGAUUUGGAGUUUCAUCAUUUGGAAGAGGAAGCGAGCAAACUGGCAACCAGGGAAGAGUUACAGAGAUAUUUGAGCGAAUUGACAACCAAGAUAGAGACCAGAAAGGUUCGAUUGAGCCACUUGGAAGCACAGAGAUCUGAAGCAAAAAGUACAGCAACUAAAGAUGCAAGAAGCCUUGAAAGGCAGAAGCUAACGCAUUUGAAACGGUUGGAAGAAGGUCGAAACCGAGUUAGAGCGAUUAACGAUGAACUGAUAAAAUUGGCGCAAAAUGCUUGCGAAAACAGAGACGAGAAACGAUCUCCGAGCAGGGAAGACUUCGACAGGAUCUCCAGGGUCACUACUGACUCUCCCAUUGUAAACAAUCAGGGCAGCUUGGGAAGGAAGACUAUCGAAUCCCUCAAAGAAAUUGAGAGAAAUCGACAGCUUCAUUUAGCCAAACAAGGCAGCCAAGUAAUUUCGGAAGAAAGACGAAGAGUGGAGGAAUUGAAACGAAGAGUUCAAGACGAGGUUCGGUCGCAGUGGGAAGAAAGGAAAAUGAACUGUACCUCUUUCAACAGUGUUGAGUCAGGAGAAGAAUCCUCUAGUUAUUCAACGGGACCAGCAGAAAGUGGUAGCGGAAGCAGCGACAGUGCAGAGGGUGGAACCAACGAGAAAUUGUCUGGUAGCAAACUUUCGGAGCUCACGUCAUCCAGUCCAGGACCUUCGAAUAAUUCCUACAGUCUGCUCCAAAAUGAUAACAUGAGAGACGAUCAAAGGACAUCAAUGGAAGGCGAGAGACUUAGCAAUAACAGCGGUGGAAUAAUCGACGGAAACGGAAGUCGUCCUCUUUCACAAACUUCCAGCGAAAUGGAUACCCUUGGACCACUGCAACCCGUCAAACAUCGUGAAAAGGCAAAACUGCAGAGGCCGCUUACGAGAUACCUCCCCAUCAAGUCGGAGUCUCUGGACCUGAGGCAUCACAUCGAGACCGCCGGGCACCAGUUACCCCUAAUACACGAUGUCACGGUUGAUACGACCAGUUGCAGUGGUUACCUGUCAAAAAUGAGCAAAAAGUUCCAUCACUGGAACAAACGGUGGUUCGUCUUCGACCGGAAGAGGAAGACGUUGUCGUAUUACAGCGACAGUUCGUCCAGGAAGGCGCGCGGAAUGAUCUACUUCCAGUCGAUCGAAGAAGUCUAUGUGGACCACAUGAAUACUGUACGAUCGCCACAGCCGUCACUGACUUUCAUCGUCAAAACAUCAUCUAGACUGUAUCAUUUAAUGGCACCGAGUCCAGAGGCUAUGAGAGUUUGGGUGGACGUUGUAUUCACUGGCGCCGAGGGAUAUCAUGAAUUCGAUCACGGUAUCUGAUAAAUCGACCGUUCUCACGUUUCUGGUCGAGAUUCGUUUUAUUCUCGAGGAUCCUGCGAUAACACGAUUCCUCGGCUAUAGCCUGUAGGUUUAGCCGAGUUGUUAGUUAAACGAGCUUCGUGAUCGUUCGAAGAUACGUUUUGUCACGAGCGAAAUUACAACCGCCUAUACUUUGAAGCUGGAUUUGACUUGCAUAUCUAAGACACAAAGGUCUCUUAAGUUUUACAGUGAAAACUGAUAGUUACAUUGAUGCUAGAUCACUCGUUUAGGCAGCUACAUACAAAAGUAAAUCCGAAGUAAUAGCAUUAAUCGCGAAAAUUAUUAGGGACAAAAACGAAUACAAUGUAGACAAUGAUCAUAGUGUUUUAGCCAAAUACACCUAAUGAAUCGAAUGACGAUUAAGGUUGAUGAAUCGAUGAACGAUUUAUUUAUAUAAUUUAUAUGAUUUAAUGGCGAAAUUCUGGAUCGAUGAUGGAAGUGAUUAUAUUUGUGUCAACGUGUUAAAAGACGAGGGCAUUGAUGGUACGUUAUAUUGAAAUAUUACUUAUUGAACUGUAAGUUGAUUAUAACUUGAUUCUAUUUAAACGAUAUGGAUAAAUUUUAUAGGAUUUAUUGUUAAAUUUUGUAGACAUUAUUAAUCUAGUCUUCCAGCAUAGCUAUUUUCAAGAAUAAUGAGUUAAUAUCCUAACAUUUGAUAAAGAAAGUCUUAGAUGAUACUUCAAUGUGUAUUCUGGUGUGAACCAGGAAUAGUCCCUAAGAAAUUGUAAAUAUGUCCUAUUUUACAUUUUACAGUUAUAUGUACUUUGACAAUUUGAGUAAGGAUCUUGAUAUUGUUUGAUACCGAAGAUUGUAUGGAAUAAAAUCUUCCAUAUCUCUUUGUAUACCCAAAGGAAUUUUUAGAAUACAUACAUACAUGACUCUGAAAUUUAUAUAUUGAACUUUCAGUUCUAGAAAUGAUUGUAGGCCUUUCAUAUGUCUCUUAUUAAAUAAGAAAGUUUUUCUUACAUACUAAUUUUCACUAGCACGAUAAUAAACGCUAUUGUAAGUAUUCAUACUAAUUUGUAAUACGCAAAUUAUGAAUAUUCCCUGACAUAUAUAAUGUUCAUCUUUGUGGAAAGUAAUUUUUAAUGAACGAAUAAGUCUGAAUAUAGUAUAUGAUAUGAAUCAAAAUAUCUCAAAUAUUAUUUAAAAGUUGAAAGAGCUUAUAAAUAUAACAAAAUUUAAUUGAGUUCUAUGUAUCUACGAUUUAAAUAUGUGUUCACAAUAUUUUAAUUGCUGAUCAACUGCCUUACAUAUCAAAUCGAGGAAUACCUGUAGGUAGUAUACAGAUUGUUGAAUAUCCCAUACAAUUUUAUAACAUAAUUACAUAUAUUCAAAUGAUUAUUUGAACACAAGGAAUGAUUGAUUGAAACACAUUGAUCGAAAUAUUUUAUGUUUAUGAUCUUUCUACUUUGUACGUCAUUGGCUGUUAGAAUUAUUAUAUAUACAAUUUACUGAUCAUUACAUGUAUCAUGUAACUGAAUUUUUGUUAAAAAUUAUCCCAUUAGGUUAAAAUAAAUUAUAAAUUAUAUUAUGUACUGUGCA